UAUUCACGCCCGCCCGCUGCGGAAGCAACAUAAGCGGCAGUCUAGGGAACAAAAAUGUUUCAAUUGUUUUUUACAGCUAAAUACGUUUAUUAAGAUAUUUAAAAAAAAAAACUCACCCAGUUGAUUAAGAUGCACAUAUUAAUUUUGAUUGGGGCAUCUAAUAGUCAUGAAUUGUUGCGGAAACGGAAUCCCUUAAACCCAUUUUCCUUGCCUCUUUACGUGUUUUCACUAAAACAUCAAAACAUAAAUGCGUGAUCUACAAGACUACAAACGUUAAAACCAUAAAUAAUGUGUGCUUAAUAAUACGCAUCAUUGUGUUUUAUCAGAAACCAUGCGUUCGAAAUUUUCUGAAACGACAGAGAUUUUUCAUAUAUACAUAAAUAGAUAUAUAUCAGGUAUCCCUUCCUGCUUUUAAUUACGAAAAAUCAAAAGAUUUUAAGAGAUUUUUUUUUUCAAAAUUCGGAAAAAAAUCUUGAAAACAAAUAUUCGUAUACGGAUUUUAUUCUCUAUAAUACCGGUCAACUUCUAUAUAAUAUUUAAGGUAUUUACGUUUAAGUAAGUUUUUAUUUUGACUAAAGGUUUAAGUUAGGACUAGAAAAUAGGGGUUCGACUAACAUGGUAUGGUUCGUAUUACUGUCGGGUAAAUAUUUUCAAAUAUGCCAUAUAUUCCUUUUCAAACGAUAUACUUAUAUUAUUUUUAAGAUUAGUCAAUAAUAAAUUUUGUGGCAAAAAAAAUUUUGGUCAACUUACUAUAUAUUGUUUCAGUAUUUAUAUUAUUUAAAGAUUAGUCAAAAGUAAACUUAAUGACAAAAUUAAACUUUGGUCAACUUACUUAAUAUUUUCGACGACUUUGAAUCAAUUACAAUUACAGUUACGUAUAUUUUACGACUAUAAAUGAAAAGCUAUUCAGCAUAUUUGAGAAUAAGUUCAUCACAAACUAGAAAGAAAAAAAAAAGAACAAAACAAACGCUUGAAUUAGAAAAAGAUAUGGGAAUGAUGAAGAUAAUAAUGGUAACGAUGAUGAUGACGCUGUUGGUUGGAACCAUACGAGAGACGAAGGCUACAUCUGCAGGAUAUGCGGCAUGUGUGAAACAUUGUAAUGACUUGUGUUCGCCCAAGGUUGGGGAUAGGAAUUGUGUCCCUAAUUGCAUCUUUUUUACAUGCGGUCCUCCUCUUCCAAAAAAUAUUCGUCAUCCCAAGGAUGAAGGAUCCACAUAAUCAUUAAACCCCGAGGAUCAAAUGUUAUUGACUUUUUGGAUCUAACUGAAGCUGUUAAACUUAAAGAUCAAUCAAUAACACUAUUGUUCCUAAUU